ACCCUAAUUCCCGACUUUUCGCUCCUUGAUGAAUUUCUUUGAAUUUCUUUGGCCAAAUGACUUUGAUAUCCAUAUAUUGAUGAUAUUGAUCUUUGAAAGUCAUUUUUUGACCAAAAACCUUAAAAGUCAAUGAUGAUCCUUCACAGUUGACUUUUUCCUGACAAAGUGAAUUUUUGGGCUUUUGUGUAGAAAUAAGAUCUUCUCCCCAAAUGGAUGAUAUAAAUGGAUUAUAUGGAGGUAGUAGAGAUCCUUGAAUCAUGUCUUGAGUUUUGGAUUCAUGCCCUGAUCAGAAGUCAACUAUCUUGGUGAAUUAGGUCAAAACCCUAAUUUGUCGACCAUGUGAAAGUAAUGACUGUAGACUUUGAAUUGAAGUGUGAUGUCCAGUAGAUCUUGUAAUAUGAGUUAUUUGAAGAAGAUUGAUGUCUUUGAAUGACCCUCUGGGGCUUUUUAGGGUUUCCCAAAUGUGAUCCCUGAUUUUAGUCCUUGAUAGGCUCAAAACCCUAGUCUGGUGACCUGAGUAAGCCUGUACUCAUAUGACUGGAUGUCUAAUCAAUCAUAGAUGAGAAAAGUGAAGUUUUUGAGCUCCAUGAUUGUAUUAGAGGCUAAUCUUUGUAUUGAUUGAUCCUUUGCCUGAGCUUUCUUGUCUUUGUGCAUCCUUGAUUAGGUAUCAGAUGGAGAAAUGACUGCUCUGGGUACUUGUCUUGACCUGAUGAAAAAUCCUGAAGAUAUGUCAUCUCAGGGGGGUCAAAAAUUAGGGUAUGACACUCAACUGCUAGAUUUGAAUCCAUAUGGUUAUUUGCUAGACACAAGAUGUUAAUGAAGUAGUUAACAACAUGUGUGGCCAUGUCAUUCGUAUCAUUUAAAACUUUUUCUCCACCUUUGAAGUAAGGAAUGAUGUUUCUGGAACUCUUAAUUUUUGCCAUUCUAUGAAAUAAUUAAGUGUUCCUAUCUCCAUUAAGAUGUCGUUUUAACUUUGCCUUUUCAAACCAGAAUAAAUCUUCCUUUUCAUGGCAUUUCUCAAUAUCACUUUAAUCCAUCUUCUCUUGUUCUCUAAUACUAUGAUUUGGACCAUAUAGAUUGAUCUGAUCAUGUAUUUUUCCAAGCUUCUUAAUAGAUUCUUUAACUAAGGUGUGAAUGUUGGCAAAAACCUCUGUGUUCUAAUUUUGGAGAUUUUCCUUUAAAAUUUAGAGCUUCUUAUAAAGGAUUUACAUUAGACUUCCCACAACAUGAUUAUUCUAGCAAUUGGUAAUUAAAAAUCUUUGCAACUAUCAAGCAAGGUCCAUAAGCUUAACAUUUUGAAUUGGUAUAAGAGCCUUAGAGGAGUGAAAGAUGUCUCAGUAGGAUAGAGUGAUGGUCAGACUUCAGGCUUGGAAAAGUAGAUACAAUCAAUUUAUAGCUAAAAGUUAGUUGUAAUUGAUUACAGAAAACCUAUCAACCUUUAUUUCCACAAAAUCUCUCAUAGACCUAUCAUUAGACCAAGUGAAAGUUGAGCUCUUGUAGGAAUAUCCUCCAGAUUAUUUUGAUAUGAACAAACCUUGAAGUCAUUCAUAUGAUAUCUAUUAGGACUAUGGCUAUUGUAGCAACCUGCCCUAAAAAUUAGACUUUUAGAGUCGCCACCUAUUCUGAAGGGCGAAUAGGAAACCCUAUGCAGAUUAGAGAUCGGGGUAAGAUUAUUAUAAUCAGGUCGAGGGAAGGUGUUAGGCACCCUCAACCCUUUCCUAAGGUUUGAUCUAAGAUGAAGGUUUAUGGCAAAAUUAUAGAGGUUAAUAGCUAAUGAAAUGAGAAGGGCGAAAUGUGAGAUUUGAACUGAAUGGAGGUUUUAGGGAAGGGGACUCGCCUUGGUUAUCCAAGUGCCUACGUAUCUCCUUAGGGAGAAUCAGAGUCAACGUAGUUCGGGCACAGGGUUGUACGCCUUAGAAUUAGAAUUUGAUUAUGGUUUGAAGGCUUUUUGAAUGGCCUGUCGUAGUUUUAGAAAUUGUGAUUUGAAAGGCAUUUUGAGUUGCCUGAUUGAAAAGGAUGAACUUCUGUAGUGUCGUGGUUUAGUGUGUUUUGAAUGUUUGGGCGUACAACCCUGAUUUGAUAUGUCACCGUUAGUUGCGAUGACCAAUAGGUUUGAUCAUUAUAGUUAACGGAUUAAUGGGGUAUUGCUGGUUACUCUGACCGAUAGAUUCGAUCGUCGCGGGCAACAAAUAAAAUGUAUUUUAAAUUUUGUAUAUUUUUAUCUCUUGUCUAAUGGGACUAAUAGAUUUAGUCGGGUCGAGAAGAGAAUUAAUUAAGGGUUAAUGUUCUUUGCCAAAUGGGCAGUGGGAUUGGACAAACCCUAAUGCAUAUAACCUUUCAAUUAAAACUAAUUAAAUAGAUUAAAUCGAUAUAAUCGAAAUAAUCGGGAAAAUAUUCUAAUCCUAGUUAUUAGGCUAACCCUAAGUAGAUUAUCCUAAUCCUAAUUAAAAUAAAUAAUACAUAAUUAUCAUUAAUCUAAAUAACAAUAAAUUAAAUAAAUAAAAAUGCAAACUAAAUAAAUAAAAAUGCAAUAAGAACCUAGUUUUAAUCUUGUGUGGCAUGCCUGGGAGGUCCAUGGUAAGCCUUGCAAUCCUGGUACGUUAGAUUGGAAUCAUAGGAGAUCCUGUGGCUGUAAUGUGAGGGUACAUGGUGGGGUUCCGUAGAUCAUUCGUACUAGACUUAUAGACAAACACAUAGUGGAAAUAAUUUAAAAAAUAAUCUUGCCACCAGCAAGGGUCGAACCCACGCUGUGGCCUAUCACGCAUGCGCCUCCUUCCACUAAGCUAAUGCAAUUAUGUUGUCAUAGCAAUGCUCAGCAAACAAUAUAUACUGAUAUUAAAUUGAAAAUAUAUCAAUUCAAACCAGACUCCAUGCGUGGGCCCCAGGGUGUAGCGGACGGCCAAUCGUACGAGGAGAGAAAGAGAGACUUUUGUUGACUGUCCAUUGGUGUCUUGCCACACACUCAGGGGGGAUUCAACCUUUUGACUGCCAAACCAGAUAGUGCCACGCGUGUGGUCGCUGUUCACCUUCUUCAACAACUUGCACACCCCAAUUUAGCUACGGUUUUGCUUUGAAAUAGCCACGGUUCCUGCAACAUAAAAUCGUAGCAAAUUCUGCCCUUAUACAAAACCUACGAAAUUGAGUCAAACAGAAAAUCUAAAAACCCAGAUUGCCUUAAUUUUGUCCCCUGAUCAUGAAUAUGGUAUUCGUUUAGCCUGCAAAUCCUUGUAAACUUGAUCCCGACGAUAAGUUCUAACAUGCCCUAACAAUGGUGUUUUCUAUUUUACACACCAUGGCUUUGUUCCACCGGUCCAGAUCUUCUUAUGCGUUUAUGGAGCUUCAAUCACGAUUCAAACUUAACCUUUUACCUUUUUGGACGUGAAUGCAGUGGUUAGUUUGAGUUGAUAGUGGCUUCCCUAAGAGAUUCUUCGUGCCCUAGUUCUUUGAUGAUUUUGUCUUCAUGAAACCCUAGCCUCUCCUUCUUUUUUCGUCCUCCUCUCCUAAUGAAUGUUUUAGAAUAUAUAUAUAUCAUCACAUUAGGGUUCAAUCUUUGGCAAAUAAUCAACCAACUAUUAACAUGAAAAUUGAAAAAAAGAUUUUGUAUAAAAUCUUUCUAUUUUAGAACAAUAAUCUAUUUCAUGCACAUUCUCCAUUCAUUCUUGGCCCUUGGAUCAUAUUUAGAUUUGUUUUGAAUUAAUAGAAAAGGAAUGAUCAUUAUAUAGUUAUUUUAGGAUUUUAUUUAAUUUUUAUUUGAAUAUAAAUGAAUAAAAUCAAAUAAAAAUAAAAUAAUAUCACAAGAACAAUUAUAUUGGACCAAUGGACCUCUCUUGGGCUUUUAUUUGAUCAAGACCAAAGCCAUAUACUUUCAUCCAUUUAUUUUAUAUUUUUACUUAAUUAAUUUUCUUUUUAAUUGACUAAAAUUCAAAUAAAUAUAAAUAAAAAAUAUAAAAAUGUGGGGAUGUAUUUGGAGGUUCUUAGUGCUCUUAUAAGCAAUUUUGGAUCAACAAAACUUAAGCCCAUUUUGGAAAUUUGCAAGAUUGGAUAAUAUUUCUUUCAUGGACUUCUUGAAAUUCAACCAACUUGCGCAAUUCAUAACUUCCUCAAUUUUAAUCAUAUAAUUGCAUUCUAGGACUUUUUAGAAAGCUUAAAGAGUCCUCAAAUGACACGUUUGGUUUCAUCUCAAUUGAAGCUUCCAUGCUCAAGUUAUGAGCUUUGACCCAAAAGGUGUUUUUGUUGACCUUUUCGGAGGACCUGUAAUGUUUUUGUCUAUAUCUCCCAAAUGGUGCAUUUCUUGAUCUUGGGCCCAACAUCAAAGUUGUAGAGGAUGAAAUUUCCUUGAGGAUAAGCUUUGGUUGGAGAAUUUCUGACAAACCAUGAGAGAGUUAUGACCGGUCAAAGUUGAGUUGACUUUUUUUAGUUAAAAACCCUGAUUUGAACCAUUGAUUAGGAGAGAGUGACUUGAGUUUAACCAUUGAGCCUUGAACCCUUGAAGAUGAAAUAAGACGGGAAAAUUUUGGGGUAUGACAACUAUCAUUAUGCUCAUGAUCACCUAAGAUUAAGUUGAAGUAUCCAAUAAACCACCAAGGGAUGGAUGUAUAAGAGUGAUAUAAGAAAAACUCACCUCACAACCUUCUUUUAGUAACAUAGCAAGUCGAAGAAUAAAUGGCUGAUAUGCCAAUUUUAAUGUCAUAAAAAAGAUACAUAUUUAUCUGAAAUGAAGUUGAAUUGAGGAUAAAGGGACUUCUUACAAAUGUACCAAAUAUUUGGAGAAAUUUGAUCUCCAUAGUUUAUUGCAUAUGCUUUAAGGUUAAGACCAAUCAAAAAAGCCAUAGGGAAGUUCACCAGAUUCAUCCAUGGCUUUGUAAUAAAACAUAAAACAUAAGUUGGGUUUAUGAUUUUAAUAAUAUUUUUAAGGCCAAUUUUGUGGGGGGGGGGGGGGGGGGAUUGGCUAAUCCCCUAGAAUUCCAAAAUAAACACUUCAUAAGGAAAAUUUAUUUGCACCAGCUUUUGUUCUGGUUGGAACCAUUUGAAACUUAUAUAAGUCUGCCUCUGAAUAAUCAUCUUUUUUUGUUGAGUCUUCAUCUUUGUCUUUAGAAUCUGACAUGUUAGUCCAAGAUUCUUUUAAGAAAGCUUCGGUUUUAUUCUGAAUGUCUUCUAUGAUAUCCUCAAUGGCAUUGAGUUGGGUUUCAUCAACAAACUCUGAAUCAUCAGAGCUUCAAUCUUUCAACAAUGCUAACAUCUUUUUUUUCUUUGACCUCUAAUAUCCCAUCUACUCGAAACGUAUUUCUAGCCUUAAUUUGUCUAGAAUCAUCUGCAAGAAUGAUUGUACCAGAAUUAAUUUUCGGUAAUAUAGUUCCUUUUUUCCAUACCCCUCUAGUCUCUCCUAUUUUAAUGGGAGAUUCUUUAUCCUUUCUACAAUUUAACUCAGUUUUUUAUGUGCUUGUAGCCUUGUGAAGGUGCGAGAAAUAUAAUAAAGGGGGUUUGAAUUCGGUUGCACCAAAUAUAAUCUUUUUGCAACUCAAAAUACAAAGCUAACAAGUGAAUAAAAAUAUAUGAACACAAUUAUUUUUAUCCUGGGUCACUGUUAAUGAAGUUACUCCAUUCUACCCGCCAAGGUGAUUUUUUCUUUUCAUCAAGGACUUAAUCCACUAUAACCAAACAGAUUACAAACAGCCACAAUAAGUCCGAUCAACCUUGAUGACAAGUCUAACAAGUUCGAUGAUCCUUAACGCCAAGCUACACACGACCAUACUAAGUAUGAUCAAUCUUGUUGACAACCACAACAAAUUCAGCUGAUCCUUAAUGUCAAGAUGCAGAAAACCACACUAAGUCCGAUCAACCCUGCUGACAACCUCAACAAGUCUGAUGAUCCUUAUUGCAAACCACAAUGACCGCAACCAUUGUCUUCUUAAGAAUUCUAACUAAAUGUAGUCCCUCAAGGAAUCUAUCAACCACUGUGGAUUACAAAGAUAUGUAUAAAGAGAUGCUUCUAACAAGAAGAUUACACAAUGUUUAAGUACAGCAACACAAAAAUGUUGAAUGCAAGAUACGAACAAAAGCUCCUUGCUAAAAAUACGAAAUUAUAUAAAGAAUAUCUCAAUAGGUAACACAUCAGAGGUAUUCUUCCAGAUUGUUGAGUUCAUAACAUGAUGACGUCACACGCCUUCUUACUAGAGUCAGAACCUAUUUAGCAAAAGCUACACAAUAGAUAGAAUUCAUUAGACUAUAAAAUUUAGACAUAUUGGAGUUUCAAUGUUUCUAAAAAUUUAGGUAGAAUUUAGACAUAUUAGAGUUCUAAUGUUGCUAAUUAAAAAUUGCAGAUAUGAUUUUGGGUUUAUAGUAAGCUUGAGAGGGAUUGUGUUUCCUCACCCGAACUCGUGCAAAGGUUUGGUUGAUAUUUUUUGGAAUAAUGUGUUUUGCCCAACGGAAUAAUUUCAACACUCCGGGAUUUAAGUUCCAAGAAGUCAUUGCCCUAACCCUGUGAACAUCUUCUAAACUUGAGAAGGAUAACUAAUUCAAAGAAACAUUUCCCAAGAGAUGUGAUACCUUUGUAUGGCAACGGGGCGGGUUGGGACGAUUCUUACCUCCCUAAACCCGAAUUCGAAUCCCUAAAAAAUCCAUGUUCCCCGCCUCAAUCCCCAUCGGAGAUGGGGAAAUAAAAUAAAACAUAUCCCUAACGGGUUCGGGUAUCCCCGCUCCGCCACAAUCCAUUUAGUGAAAUCAAUUUUUUUGAUAAAACUAUUAAAUUUUUUCUAAAUCAAAUUACAUUACAAAUAAUAAAACAAAAUAAUCUCAAUAAAAUUACAUUCAUACCUUUCAAAUAUUUUAAAUAAUAAAUACAAGUCAAAAUAUCAAAAUUGACACAUACUUAAUAUUUAAAAUUAUCAAAACUAAAUAAUAAAGUACAUAAAAAUAUAAAAGGGGGAGUUUUGGGGGAGGGUUUGGGGUAGGUUUUAGUGUACCGAUUACCCAAAUCGUCCCCAUAUUUUAUAAUUGGAGAAAACCCAAACCCAAUCAAAACGAGUUUUCCCCGUCAAAUUCGGUGUGGGUUCGGGUGGUUAUCCGUGGAUACAGGUUAUGUUUCCAUGCCUACUAAUAACCAAUUUUGCAAUGGAAUGCCAUAGAAUUACUAGUUUAUUACGUAAACUUAAAGAAGUUAGUGGUGAAGAACCUUUGGGCCAUAAGAUUAUUCCAUGAAGGUUGUGUUUGCAAGAGUUCAGACCUAGCAGAUAUUCAUCUUCAUGGAUGGAAAUGGAGAGUAUAUCUCGUUUAACACAUGGGACUGGAAGUUGAUUUGCUGGAAUGUUGUAGACAUUUCCAAGAGCUUCCAAGAAAGUCUUGUUUGUUUGGUUGGAUAGGGCGCCUUUGCUCGAGUUGGGAUGAUAUACUUAUCUUCUGGAAACAUGCCGAAUGCUUGAAAGCACUCCAUAGUAGUGAUGAUGAAGAAGAGUUAUCUAGGGCAACGCUACUCCAAGGUUCCGGGAAUUGCCAUCCCCAUCCAAAGUGAGAAGAGAUAGAUAGUCAAUAUAUUAAAUGAAUUAUAUUUACAUAAAUAAUGAAUUAAAAAACUAUAAUUUUAAGGGAGUUGAAGAAACAAAAGUUGCAUAGAGGGUUAAAAUGCAUCAAAUUAAUUGGUUGUUAACUUGAUAAUGAAUGUUCUAACUAACUUUUAAGAUAGUAUAUGCAACUGAAUCUUAAUAUAUAUUAAUGAAAUUAAAUUAACGACAUUUAAACAAACUCUAACUAACUUUUAAGGGAAUUGUAACUAACUCAUAAGGAAAAUGUCUCAUAAAUCCGUUAAUAACUCAUUUAAUCUUUUCAGGGGUCCAGGUGUAACUUUACUUAUCCUUUCUUGGAUUAUCACACUAUACACAUUAUGGCAAAUGGUUGAAAUGCAUGAAAUUGUUCCAGGAAAACGUUUGGAUCGAUACCAUGAAUUGGGUCAACAUGCUUUUGGAAAAAAGUUAGGUCUUUAUAUUGUGGUGCCUCAACAAAUUAUAGUAAUGGUUGGUGGAAACAUUGUCUACAUGGUCACUGGGGGUCAAUCAUUAAAGAAGUUUCAUGAUAUAGUGUGUCCAAGUUGCAAAAAGAUUAGACUCACCUUUUUUAUAAUGAUAUUUGCCUCUGCUCAGUUUGUAUUGUCUCAUCUACCCAACUUCAACUCCAUUUCAGCUGUAUCUUUUGUUGCGGCAGUCAUGUCUUGUGGUUACUCUGCAAUUGCGUGGACUGCUAGUGCACAUAAGGGAGUACAAGAAAAUGUACAAUAUAGUAACACGGCUACAACUACUGCAAACUUAGUCUUUAAUUUCUUUAAUGCACUUGGAUCUGUUGCUUUUGCUUAUGCAGGACACAGUGUGGUGUUGGAAAUCCAAGCAACAAUUCCAUCAACGCCAGAAAAACCAUCUAAGGUUCCAAUGUGGAGAGGAGUUGUUUUUGCCUACAUUAUUGUCGCUUUGUGCUAUUGGCCUGUUGCGAUUAUUGGUUAUUGGGUGUUUGGUAAUGAGGUUAAGGAUAACAUUCUCAUAUCUUUAGAGAAACCAUCAUGGCUUAUUGCAACGGCAAACAUAUUCGUUGUUUUACAUGUAAUCGGAAGUUAUCAGGUUUUUGCAAUGCCAAUGUUUGACAUGCUUGAAAGUGUGUUGGUGAAGAAAUUGAAAUUCAAACCAAGUACAAUCCUCCGUUUUAUUGUGCGUAAUGUAUAUGUAGCACUCACAAUGUUCGUUGCUAUUACCUUCCCAUUUUUUGGUGGAUUACUAGGAUUUUUUGGAGGAUUUGCUGUUACUCCAACAACAUACUUUCUUCCAUGUAUUAUAUGGCUUAAAAUCUAUAAACUUAAGAUAUCCAGCUUGUCUUGGUGGACUAAUUGGAUAUGUAUUGUGCUUGGUCUAUGUAUAAUUGUCUUAGCACCAAUUGGAGCAUUGAGAAGUAUUAUACUUGAAGCUAAGACCUAUAAAUUCUACACAUAAACUUCUUAUCUAGUUGAAUUACUUAUUAGAUGGUGUCUUUAUGUUUCUCUAUACUUUAUUUAUUUUUUAAUUGCAAUGUACUUCAAAUUUUCACGGAAUAUCAAAAUGAAGGAAAUUAUUCUUAUUCAAUUUU